AUGGAACCUUCCAAACUGAUGGCUGUCUUUCUGUUGCUGCUGCCGUCUUUUGUGUCAGCCCACCGCAAGAGGGUCCUUGGUGGCGAGGAAUGCAGUGAGUCUGAACAUCCAUGGCUUGUGAUACUCUCUGACUCUGAAGACCCCAUCUGUGCUGGAAUAUUGAUCGAUAAAAACUGGGUGCUCAGUGCUGCUCAUUGCUACAACGGUAGCAAAAUUGAGAUAAGGCUCGGACUGCAUAACAGAGAUGUGCUAAGAGGUAGUGAAAAGACAAGAGUCGGUGCGGCCACACACUGCUACCCGGACACUGCCCGCACCACCAAGAACAGCUGUGUGAACUUCACUGCUGACAUCAUGAUGAUCAAAUUGAACAAACCUGUGAAAUACAGCAAGUUCAUCACCCCUCUCCGCCUGCCCACUGCCUCUAUCCCCGCGGGAGCAAAAUGCAGGGUCCAGGGUUGGGGCGUAACCACAGCUACUGCAGAGACUUAUCCUGAAGUUCCUCAUUGUGGUGAUGUCAACAUAUAUGAGAAACGCUUGUGUGUGAAGGCUCACCCAAAGUGGAAAAUAACCAACCACAUAUUAUGUGCAGGACUUCUGAACGAAUGCAAAGGUGCAUGCUGGGGUGAUUCUGGUGGACCCCUUAUCUGUGAUGGACAACUCCAGGGGAUUGUAUCUUAUGGUGAUCCACCUGAGCUUGGCAUCUAUACCAAGGUCCACAGCUAUCGCAAAUGGAUCCGUGGUUUUUAUUGA